AUGGCUGAUCAAACUCAUAAGAUAUACUAUUUAGGAGCAUUUGAUAGCGCUGAGAAGCCAGCUAUCAACAUUCAACAGUGUGACGAUCUCGGUAGCUUCAGUUUCUACCAGCGUAGCUCUGUCAGAGAGUUCUUGGUGUUUAUGGCUAAGACGGUAGCUGAGAGAACGGAAAAUGGACAGAGACAGUCUGUACAGGAGAACAACUAUACUGCACACGUAUAUAGACAAGGAAAUUACACAGCGGUGGCUAUAGUAACAGAGCAAUAUCCAGUUAGACCAGCGUAUAAGGUAUUAGACGCAGUCCCAGGUGCAGUUAGAACCACAGCUACUUACAGUGAAUGGGUGGAUGGUAUCAGAAAAGGCAAUAAUACCACACAAUCCCCUGUCGUACUCCCUGAACUCAACACUCUUAUUAUGAAGUAUCAAGAUCCAAAACAAGCAGACACUAUCAUGAGAGUACAACAAGAACUCGAUGAAACAAAGGUCGUCAUGCACAAGACGAUAGAGAGUGUAUUAGAGAGAGGCGAGAAGUUGGACAACCUCGUCGAGCGUUCAAAUGCAUUAUCUGCUCAAUCUAAGAUGUUCUACAAAACUGCCAAGAAGCAGAAUAGCUGUGAGUUUUAUAAUACAAUGGUGUUGUGUUGCUUAUUUAUAAUCUAG